AUGGUGGCCGCGGAGCGAGCCAAAUACUUCCGAGCGGUGAAGCGCUUGUUCGCGCAGUUGGACAAAGAUCAGGAUGGAGGCAUCACGGCGAAAGAGUUUGAGAUCGCCUUGGAAACCCCCACGCUGAUACACGUCUUCGACGCGCUGGAGCUGAGCGUGGAAGAUGCCUGGGCGCUGUUCCGGACCUUGGACAGCGAUGGAGACUCCCGUGUGGGGCCUCUAAAAUUUCUGGAAGGCUGCUUGCGUCUGAAGGGCGCGGCGAGAUCCAUCGACGCCGGCGGCCAAGGGCGCACCGCGAGGAGCUGGCGGGGCAUGGGGUGA